CGAUGCGGAGGCGGCAUGUCGGUCAGCAGCUCGGGGGAGUCACGUCUUUCAAAAUUUCUCUACUACCACUACGAGGAGUUUAAUUCGACUUUUCAUCGUCCUCGAGACGUGGAAUGUGGAUUAAUUUGAAAAACGAUCGUAAAGAAUGGGAUCAUGGUUAGUUGUGGUGGCCUGUCUUUUUGGCUUGGCCGCCUCAAACUAUCCCGUUUUCGAUGUCAACACCCAGAUGCAGCUUCUUCUCGUACCGGCGGACGCGAGAAUCGGCUCGGUCAUCUACAGGCUCAGGGCAACGGAUUCAGACAGAGAUUACCCCUUGAUGUUCGCAGCUACAGAUUAUGGUUCGUACGUCAUUAAAAUCGACAAUCUACCGUGUCAGAAGAAUUCUUCAUUCUGCGAGGCGAACGUGUUCCUCGAAAGGACUCUCAUCCCCGGUCAACUCUUUAAAUUUCGCGUUACCGUUCGGGACACGAAAGGAGACACGACCACUCUUCCAGUUUCAAUCAAAGUCACUAACGGAAUAACCGAUUUCAACGAAGUCUUCCCUCACGUACCGGGCGUCGUCAUGAUACCAGAGAGCACAAAAGUUGGGACUGAAUUAGAAUACGUGAUUGUCAAAAAGAAUCCAAGAUCCGUUAGAAAAGCGAACCUCGAGUUGUGGGGAUCUCCUGAAUUCAAGUUCGUACAGAGUUCUAAAAAGGACACGACAACUGGUAUCAUCACUCUUGCUGCACCUUUGGACUACGAGACGAAAACAAUGUACAGAUUGUCCGUCUUUGCCACGGGUAUGUGGGUCGAUUUAGCGACGGAUACGAGGAACAUAGCCGGUUUUCAGCUCGUGAUUGUAGUCUCCGACGUCCAGGACACCCCUCCGGUUUUCGACCACAUCGAACCGAUAACCAAACUCAAUCCGAACCUAACUGAGGGCGAGGUGGUUCUGAGAGUCACGGCAAGGGAUGGAGAUAAGGGCUCCCCCAGGCCGAUAAAAUACGGGCUCGUGUCCGAGGGAAACCCCUUCACCGUAUUUUUCGACAUCGAUCAAGACACAGGUGAUAUUCGUCUGGUAAGGCCGUUGAAAGAGCUGACAUCCAUAUCCCGAUCUCACCAGCCGAUUUUGCUGACCGUUAUUGCCGAAGAACAAGUCGUAGGCGGCAAAGACCACUUGACCGAUAUAUCAUCCACUGCAACCGUUGCUCUUCUUCUCGGCCAGUUAGGAAAUACUCCUCCUUAUUUCGCGAGCCACAAUUAUGUCACCCACGUAGCAGAAAACAGCAUACAAGGAACUGCUCUUGUUUUCAACGAUCCUUACAUCACCGAGGUCAAAGACAAUGAUAUGGGGAAACACGGCGUCUUUUCCUUGACAUUAGAAAACAACAACGGGACAUUCGAAAUAACGCCCAAUGUCGGAGAGAGGCAGGCAUCUUUUAUCAUAAGAGUCAGGGAUAACACCUUGCUGGACUAUGAAGUCAACAAAGAACUCAGUUUUAAAAUUUGGGCCAAAGAAUUGAGUCCAGAUCAAAAGCCGCUUUCGACAUCCGUUAAUGUUGUCGUUUAUGUAAUGGACGUCAACGACAACCCUCCAAUCUUCUCCCAGAGUAACUAUUCGAGCCAAGUUGCUGAAAAUGCCACUGCAGUUACUCAAUUGGCCAAGUUUGAAGCCACAGACGUUGACACAGGUGAUGGCGGGAUCAUCAAAUACACAGCAGUGUUGGGUAUGAAAAAUACAUCGCUCUCCCUUCACCCGGACACGGGCGUUUUGAAAAUCGCAACCGACACCCAUGGAUUUGACAGAGAAGAAUCCAGCAGUUAUCAAUUUUUCAUCGAAGCCAAAGAUAUGAAAGGAUCUGGAAACAGAGCGACCGUCCCGUUCACUUUGUACAUUCUCGACGUCAACGAUGAAACCCCGACGUUUGAAAAAUCCCCUAUAGAAUUUAUUUUAGGUCCGGGGGGUACUAAUUUUUCACAGAGAGCAUUUAUCAAGGCGACAGACGCUGACGCAGAAUCGCCCAACAAUAUCGUCAGGUACGAAAUCGUCAGUGGGAAUUACGACAGCAGGUUCAUACUAAUUGCAGAAACCGGCGAACUCCUCGUCAACCCUAGGGUCAGGGUCUCGAGGCAGACGAAAGAUUCUGUUUCCGAUCUCCUCGUCCGUGCUUACGACUUAGGUGUACCGACGAGAUGGUCGACGGCUCAACUCAGGAUUUUCCCGGCGGAAUCUAACGCGAGAGUGAUGCGUUUUUUGGUGCCAGGACGUAACCCCGAUCGACGAGCCGUGCAGCAGCUUUUGUCAGACUUGACCGGUGCCAGGGUUGUAAUACAUUCAAUCGAACCCUAUAACCAGCCUUACUACCCGGGACAAACCACAGACUUAACCUCAGGAGGCAUCAACGGUGAAAGGAGUGUCGUAACAGCAACUGUGCUGUAUAACAACAACGCUGUAAUCGAUCUGGACAGUCUCCAGAAGAAGCUGAACAACAAUCGGACCGCCCAGUUGCUAACAGACGAAGUGACGGUGUACAGAAGCGAAACAAGGACAUUAUUUUGGAUACUGAUGAUCCUUCUGAUUCUUAUAGCUUUGGCUUUACUCACUCUUUUGCUCUGCUGUUGUUGCGAGUGCUGCCCUUUUUACGCGUUCUUCAACAGACUAGUGAGAAGGAAAAGCGCAGUACAGGCAGUAAAUACGGUAACUUAUACGGAAAAAGAGAAGGAAAACAAAUCUGUUCAAGCUGAGUGGAUUCAAAAUGGAAGGAAAGAAGCGUGGAGUGCUGAUCAGCCAAGAAGAAACUGGCACUUUAACCGUAGAAAUAGCGGCAAUAAAAUUUUAUUGAUGGCAGAAAGACAACCGCCGCCUAAUAUAAUAUAUACGAGAGAGGUUGGUGAGGUUCAGAGGCACAACAACGAUCUUUUUGUCGAAGAUGUCGACGGGACCGAAUAUAGGAUCUUGGAUGCUUCAAAAUUAGCGAUCCACCCACACCAUAUUCAGAAUAAUUUGCAGGUGCCGCUUAGACAGGAGAUCCCGAGGCAAGGGGUGGAAGGGAGGCCACCUUCCAGGGACGAGAGAUUCAUACGAGACGGAAACGCAGAGAUUUUAAGGCUCGUGACGAGAGGCAGAGAUGAAGAAGAAGACGAAGACGGAGCUCCGACCAUCAACAGACCAGAAAGACCUUUUACGAUGGAGCACAAACCCGAGGAAAACGAAGGAAAAGUCGACAUCAUGAGAAGGUUCAUCGAAGAGUCCGACACCUCCGAACAGCCAGAGGCGAAAGAGGAGACGGAAAAUGAAAAUAACGAGCAUAUAAUGAGAAGGGUUAUGGAAUUUGACGACAAACAGUUGUCAACGGCAGACGUCAGUCGGCUGACGACUAUACAGAGGGAUUUACUCCUCACCAGAUUUCUAGUAGAAGAACACAGAAGGACGAGGAACGCAAAUAUUGCCGACGACACGCAAAGCCUUCCGGGAGUCGUGGCAAUGGCUACCCAAACCGACUCUCACGCCCAGACACAAACAGAACGGGCGUACUUCUCAAAAAGAAAAACGAAAAGCGACAACGACGAGUCGUUCUCUGACUCCGAGGAAAAUUGCAGGAGGCGUUUUAAAAGGAACGCGAGAUUCAGACUACAAGAAGAAGACACGUUUCAGAACCGCAGUACAGAUAUUAAAACACCAAUAAUCGAAGAGGCAGAGCUUCCUUCCGAUCUUAAAACCCUCAAUUCAAAAACUGGUCAAAUAUUUACGGAAACUAAAGCGAGUCUGCUGCGCCACGCUGCAACCAAAGUAAGACUGGGAGAUGACCACGAAUCAGACAGUAACCUUAGCAAACCAAAUCACGCUUUGUACAGAAUGAGAUCGAUGAGCGAUCAAGACAUCAACUUAUCUGCCAAGCACAGGGAAAACGUAGUAAGAUCCCUUCAGGUAACACCGAUGAAACAAAUCAGUAUAACGAAUAAUGUGCUCGUCGAACACGUCGUCCACCCAGACUCUCCGACUUCGGAGCAGAAACAAAGCGAAAGUUCGCAGGAAGAGAACGUCAGACAUGAAAGAAAAUCACGCGUCGCCUCUGUACCCUCUACCCUGACAGUCCGUCCGCCUGUUAAAAGACAGUCCAGUUCUGAACCCAGGACACCGUCGCGACAGUCCUCCAAAGAGACGGUACGGAGGAGCUCGUCUCAAGAAAAGGAAGCCGCGCCUAGGUACAUGGAAUGGUACAAAAAGAAAAGAGAGAUGAGGGAAGAGGAAAAACGUAAACAAAAAAACGGAGUCAAACCCCAACAAAACAGGGCAAAAAACACCCAAAGGAAAAACGUGCAAAAAGCGCCUCCAGUCGUUGAAGUCGACGAGGAGAAAGACCAAGUGUCCCUGAUAAAAAACGCCCCUCUCAGACUGGAAGACGUCGAACAAGAGUCGCAUUUUUUCACUCUAAUGAACGUGGCAAACGAAGUCAACUCGAAAAGCAAAAACGAGGAAGACAGAGAUUCGGGGAUCGCUGUUCAAUAUACGAUUGGGCCGAACAUGACUUCGCUCAGGAAUCAACAGGCGUUAGAAAAGAAGAGUAUAUUCACAAUUGCCUACAACGACAUGGAAACGAAACAAAUCAGAAUCGAUACCGCGUCCCCUCCUUAAUCUAAUCUUCCUGUACAUAAGAUUAAAGAAAAAGUUAAUUUUAAUAUACUUUGUGAGACAUUGUGAUAGUUAUUAUUGUUUAUAUGUGUAUAUUAACGGCCACUGCCUUAAGAUGUAA